UCAAGUUGAUGCAGUGCUGGCAAAGGAGGAGGGGGUUCGUGCGGGGGGACCUCGAUGAGUCGAUGAGGGUUUGGACGAUGCCCCUAAGUCGUGUGCGUCUAGGACUUUGUCGUUAGGAGUUGUGUCCAGCAAGGGCUGUAGAUGCCAGACGUGAAGAAUGUAGCGGGCUUCCACGGUCGAGCACCCACCUGCGGUGGAGAUGGUGUUUGGUCGUUGUGCCGCUCACAUCGAGUUGUACGACAAGGAGAUAGAGUACGACACUCCUAUUGACCCGCAAACCACAAAUCGUAUGGAGGCAGAGGUGUGGGCGGACCCGAAGAAAUUGGAGCAGGGAGCGAGCAAUUGUGAUGAUUGUGCGGAGGGCGAUAAUGAUCAGGUUGGCGACAAUGAGAUGAGGUCGCGAGAUCGUCAGAGCCAAUCCCCCCUUGCCGUCAGCCUCACUAGAGCAAAGCACAUGGCCGCGAGAACGCGCAACCAGUCACAUGUCAUGCGAUCCUCGGAUGACGAGGACGGAGGCACUGCCAACGCCGAGCAUACGGCGAGAGAGAUCGGUUGCCCCGGGGAGGAGGUGACUGCUGCGAGAUUGGCAUCCGAGCGUUCACAUGUCAUUCUCAUGGCUAGAUUAGACGGUGGACAGGAGGAUGUGCUUGGAGGUGAGGGCAAGAAGGGCAAUGGUCUCGAUGGAUGGGGCCAUGAUGUGGGGUUGUUUUGCAAGACACGUAUGGCGUUGGCAUCAUGCCUCGUAGAGAUGACGAUAAGCGCGAGGGUGGUGGAGGUGCAGCGAGGGCGACCGUUGGGGUCUCGCUUGCGUGUCAUGGAGUUGUUGUGGACAACAAGCACACAUGUGGGGGUGUCACAGGUGUGGGACACUGUGGGUGUCAACAGUGGACAUGUUGGCGACAUUGGACGAGGACAUUCGACUGCGCUGCAGAUAUGUGCAGCCACAAAGCAUCCGAUCCACGACAGUAUUGAGGCAGAGGAAGACUCAAACGACGACCAACGUGACGAUGUGCCACAUAUGGCCGACAUUCUCGCCUGGGAGGGGAUCGUUCCACACUUGGAGAAGUUGGAGGUAGAGGGUGGCGUUGGUCCCGCUGAGGGAGAGGUCGCGGGAAGUGAGGUGGUUAUUACACAUGAGGUAGAGGGUGGCGUUGGUCCCGUUUGGUCGUAGUAUCAUAGCCAACCCUUCAUCCUAUCAACACUCUUCUAUUCAUUUGCCUCGUCGUCCCACAAGUACCCCACCUG